AGAGUUUUAGCACUGGAAAGUUGCCGCCACCAGAAGCACAGCUAGGGUUUCACAUCUUGGCCAACUAGCCUGAAGGGUCCAUUGUCCAAAAGUUAGCUCCACAACCACCCCUCUACCCCUGUCGGAAUACUCAGCUGCGUCAAGUAAAGGAGCUCAAUGGCCCAUCCCAAUUCAACAUCUUGUUCACUUCGAGAACUCGACUUUGAUUUCUACAAGUCGUAAUCGCCCCCUUUGUUCCCAGCAACACCGAAUUUUGUCGGUUGGAUGGUUGCACCAAAUUCUAUCCACACCACUCUUUCGUUUCCGUCGAUUGACUUUACCUGGUCAACUCGCAGUAGCCCGUCAUGGCGGCAACUGCCACAUCGCAGGGCAGUUUGCGUCAGCGCAAUGUCCCUAGCUCCAAAAAGAAGGCUGCAUCAGUGUCUGGCGACGAUGCCGAGCUCGACACCUUGAACAAGACGAACAAGCAGAUCUCUGGGCCAGGAUCAGAAUGGGAUUACAAGAUUGCCCUGAUCAUCAUCACCAUACUGGCCUUUGUAUCGAGAUUCUGGGGCAUCAGCCAUCCCAAUGAAGUUGUCUUCGACGAAGUCCACUUUGGCAAGUUUGCCUCGUACUACCUCGAAAAGACUUACUUCUUCGACGUCCACCCACCGUUCGGAAAGCUACUGUUUGCAUUUAUGGGAUGGCUCGUAGGCUACGAUGGACACUUCCACUUCGAUAACAUUGGCGACUCGUACAUUGCGAACAAGGUCCCGUACGUCGCGUUCCGCUCGAUGCCAGCUUUCCUCGGUUCCUUGACCGUGACAGUCACCUACCUCAUCAUGUGGGAAUCUGGUUACAGUCUCCCCGCCUGUGUCGUGGCUGCCGGCUUGGUCCUCCUCGACAAUGCCCACAUCGGACAGACUCGAUUGAUUCUGCUGGACGCCACCUUGGUCCUGGCCAUGGCUUGCAGUCUUCUGUUCUACAUCAAGUUCUACAAGCAGAGGCACAACCCCUUUGGUCGAAAGUGGUGGAAAUGGCUGAUCCUGACUGGCUUUGCCCUCUCGUGCGAUAUUUCGACCAAGUACGUGGGCCUGUUCGCCUUCGUCACCAUCGGCUCUGCUGUAGUGAUCGACCUGUGGGACCUGCUUGAUGUGAAGCGACCAGGAGGCGCAUUGGAGCUGGCUGAUUUUGCGAAGCACUUUGCGGCGCGCGCCUUCGGACUCAUCGCCAUGCCCUUCAUUUUCUACCUGUUCUGGUUCCAGGUCCACUUCUCCAUCCUGACGCGGUCGGGACCUGGUGAUGACUUCAUGACGCCCGAAUUCCAGGAGACGCUGUCUGACAAUGUCAUGAUGGCCAACUCUAUUACGAUCAACUACUAUGAUUCCAUCUCCCUGCGACACAAGGAGACCAAGGCCUACCUCCACAGUCAUGAAGAGAAGUACCCGCUCCGUUACGACGAUGGUCGUGUCUCCAGUCAGGGGCAGCAAGUGACGGGAUAUCCCUACAACGACACAAAUAACUUCUGGCAGAUCAUUCCCCAGAAUGAUGACCAUCAGCUGGGUCGCGUCGUCAAGAACCAUGACCUCGUCCGUCUGCGACACAUUGUCACCGAUACUAUGCUCCUGUCGCAUGAUGUCGCCUCUCCGUACUACCCUACGAACCAGGAGUUUACAACCGUUCCUCUAGAGGAAGCGUACGGCAACCGUCUGCCCGACACGCUCUUCGAAGUCCGUAUCGAGAACGGUAAGGUUGGGCAAGAGUUCAAGAGUGUAGCCAGCCACUUCAAGUUCAUCCACAACCCAAGCAAGGUCGCCAUGUGGACUCACACGACACCACUACCCGACUGGGGUCACCGCCAGCAAGAAAUCAACGGAAACAAGCAGAUCGCACCCAGCUCUAAUGUCUGGCUCGUGGACGACAUUCCGUCUCUCCCUGCGGACCAUCCCCGCCGAGAAAAGCCCGAGAAGCAGGUCAAGAGACUCCCAUUCUUGAGGAAGUGGUUUGAGCUGCAGCGUUCCAUGUUCUGGCACAACAACCAGUUGACGAGCAGCCACCCCUAUGCCAGUCAGCCUUACCAGUGGCCGUUCCUGUUGAGAGGUGUGAGCUUCUGGACGCAGAGUGAUACUCGCCAGCAGAUCUACUUCUUGGGAAACCCUAUCGGAUGGUGGCUUGCAAGCAGUCUGAUCGCUGUUUUCGCUGGCAUCAUUGGUGCUGAUCAGGUCUCCCUCCGCCGUGGUAUCGAUGCCCUGGAUCAUCGUACCCGCUCCCGCCUGUACAACUCCACCGGGUUCUUCUUCCUGGCUUGGGCGACACAUUAUUUCCCCUUCUUCAUUAUGGGCCGACAGCUGUUCUUGCACCACUACCUUCCCGCGCAUUUAGCAUCAACCCUGAUCGUAGGUGCCUUGGUUGAGUUUGUGUUCAACGCAGACCCACCACCGGAGGAGUUGAACUACCAGUCUGUUAAGUCCGGCAAGAAGUCGGCUCCUGGCCCGAAGCGACAUAUUUCCGCGCGCGAAAGAUUUGCCGGCCAGAGCAUGGUCCCGGCGUGGAUUGCCUGUGGAGUCAUCUUGGCUCUGGCGACCUUUGGCUGGUCCUUCUUCUUGCCGCUCACUUACGGCUACCCUGGUCUGGAUGUGGACCAGGUGCUCCGACGAAAGUGGCUUGGAUAUGAUUUGCAUUUUGCUAAAUAGAAGACCGCACUCGGCAAGUUGAUGGGGAUUGCUAUGCUUCUUUUGUGUGGACGGUAUCUGAUUGUGUACGAUUUGGAAGCAUGUGCUGGGGCGGAUAUGCAUGGGCGCAGUUGGACGGAAAAUUCAAGGCCUGUCAAUGGUGGAGAGGACCAUCUUAACACACUGGGCGCUACAAGAGUCUAAUUGACAACAUUUUGAAAUCAUCAGAUAUGUAAUUGUGUCUUAGCCAAUGAUUUUGUCCGGCCACGCUUUUGAAAAUAACAGCGCUCCAUCAAUGCUUUGUGUGUUGUGCUACGG